UAUUCAUGUAUCCAAGUAGUGACGUCAUUGUCUUUGUUGACAACAAGAUGGCGGACACUAUCAUCUUUCUAUAAUAAUGUAGUUGGUUUAAUCUUUUUGGGGGCCUGUUGACCUAUUAUAAAGGUCAUUGUGAACGCAACCAGAUAUACGUUGGAUAUUUUACUUUUGAAUUAACUGGACAAUAGGAAAAUAAGCGAAAAUGCCGCCCAAAAAGAAAAAGAGUGGGAAGAAGGGAAAGAAAAGUGCGAAGAAAUCUGGAAGGGGAUCACCGUCAAAAACAUCCAGUGAACAACUCAAUGAAUUGUCGAAGGAAUACUACCUCAUCCAGAUCAGGGAUCUGGAAAACAGACUUGCUAGGUACCAGAAAAAAUGUGAUGAAUUGGAAGUCAGCCAGGGGGCAUUCAAGGAUCAGUUUGAUCAGAUGGCCAGGGACAAGAAUGAUAUCGUGUCAUUCUGGAAAAGACAGGUUGAUCUUAAAACUGAUGAGAAUGCCGACCUGCAGGAACAGUUGAUUGGUCUCCAGCAGACCAGAGAGCAAGAAAAAGAACAGGCCAAUGCAACCAUCCAGCAACUCCGACAGGAAUUCCAGGAAACCAAGGACCAGCUCACUUCUGACAACAUGAUCCUUGGUGGUAAACUGGCCUCAUUGGAGGAGUUCAAGGUGCAGAAGGAGGACCUGAUGGCCAAGUUUGCUGCUAUGGAGGAUGACCUAAAGCAGAAGGAUGAGGACCACAAGAAGAUGAUCUAUGACCUGGAGAAGAAAGCUGUAAUAGACAAGGACAGACUAAAGAAAGAGAUGGUGUCAAGAGUCAACACAGUGGCAGCAGAAUUUCGCAAAGUCUCGAACAAACAGAUGGCAGAGACCACUAAACGUACCAUUCGGGAAAACGUGUCGAUCAUGGCACAACUUGUACAGAAGUCUGACAAAACCAUGGAGCUUAUCCAGGAGAACGAUGACCUGCGGGCCAAGGAGAAGAAACAGAAACAACACAUAGAUAUGUUAGAAACCACAGAAAAGGAGCUGGCUAAGAAAAACCACAGCAACCAAAAGGUGAUACGAAUGCUGACAGAGAAGUGCCGUGCCCAGGAGGCGAUGGUAGGAGAACUGGAGAUGAGGGAGCAGGAGUACCAGGAGGUGGAGGCUGAACACGAACUGCUGCAGCAACAACUCCAGUCACAGAGAGAAGACAUACAAAAAUUGGCAAAGGAAAAUGAGACCUAUGAUGAAUCUUUGAAAGAUGCGAAGGAUAAACACAGAGUUGAAAAACGAAACCGAGAAAAACUGGACAAAGUGUUAUAUGAUGCUGCCAACGCACUUCGCCUGGCUCUUGGGAAAUAUGAUGAAGAGGAAGAAAUGCCAGUGUAUGGGGCAGGACUCAAUGACAUAGAGCGACGAGACAAUAUGUUGGAGAAUCUCCUCGUCCUGCUCAACAGUGCUGCAGCAGUGGGUGUGGGCCCUGAGCCUGGUGCGCUAGGCAAACACCAAAAAGUACGACAACGCAGCGCCAGUGAGAUGCCGGGUAGCAAACAGGGUAUCAAACGCGGGAUGUUGCCAAUGUCCCCGAUAGCUAAAAGUUCCCAGGGCACUUUGCCCCACUACCAGCUGGGUGAUCUGGGCCUAAUACCUCGACCCAAAAACACCAUUCCCUCCAGUCUGGACAAGAUGCGAGUUCUUUCUGCCACUACCCGGCUAGGAGGACUUCGCAAGGUGCUUACCCGCUCAGUGGGCAUACAGACCGUCAGUGCUCCAAAGGCUCUUUUCUAUGCUGACCAAUUGCUCAGUAAAGCUCCAGCAUAUACCCAGAAUGCUGUGCUACAGGAAAAAUCUCGCCCGGACAUCAGAUCUCCAGGAAUUCCCCUUGGCCCCAUCACUUCUUCUAAACAUAUGAUGGUGGGCAAGGCAUACUGAUCACCAUAAGACUCUUUCACAUUAAUAUCCUGUCACUGCGCCACUGUCUGUUCAAAGCCUGGCUACGUAUAAAUAAAUCUAUAAGAUAAGCUGAAAGUCUCUACGUUUUGAACUCUACGUUUUGAAACAUUAAAUAUAAAAUACCACUUACCUUUUACCCUUUUUUUGUACAUGACUUGUUUUACAAGGGCAUAACGACGCGUAACAUAAGUUAUAGGAUAUACAGAAAUGGCCCAUAGGUGACCAUUAUAAUACUGAUGUAUCCAUGUGGCAUGUUAACGUAUAAAACCAUGUUAUAUAAUGUUUCGAAAUCCAAAUGAUCUCCAUCAAAAAAACAAAAAAACAUGAAAAUAAAAAGUCCAAUGACACAUGUAUGUCUAAUGGUUCGUACAAAUUAAAAGAGUGGGAGGCAGGAAGUGAGCUUUUUGUCAUAGUGUAAUGCUGAGGGGUAGGGGACGGAGGUGAUACCAGACUUUGACUCUGCACCUGUCCAAGCUACCAGUCACUCUAUAUUACCACCUGGUCAUAUUUACUCUUGUGUUGCGAUUUUUAGAUAGUAACCAUUUCAAAACUGCAUGGCUCACUGAAUAGUUAUAUUUUUCACAAAAAUAGUGGUGUUCAACUGUCUGUUCAAAUGUCACCAGAUAUUGACAUUCCUUUAUUGAUUACAUGUAUUCCGUUAACAUGUCUUUUAUGUACUGUGAAAUCUCUAAUUUUUGUGGGGAUUUUAAAUUUCUUAAGUCAUUGGUUCACAAAGUAAUUAGAAGUUUGAUAUAAAACAGUUUUGAGUUUGAAUGGGUAGUUGUUAUCCACAAAUUUAUGUACCCACAAAAUGGUAUUUUGUCCGGAAACCGUGAAAUUUUGGCCCCUCAAAAAUAUCUGAUUUUACAGUAUGUCUGAUGUCACCACAACACAUUCCAUUAAGUUUCACAAUACUUAAUUUUUAUACACAGGCCAUUGACCAGGUGUACUUGUAUUUUCUACACAUACAAAAGGUACCCAUAUCAUGAAUGGUUGUUAAAGUUAAAUAUUUAAUGUGAUAAAUGGUUCGUUAAAAAUGCAUUGCUAAUUACUGUCUUUUGAUUGUCUAUAUAUACAUGUACAUGUGUCCACUUUUAGUAAAUUUAUUUUUUUAUAUUUUAUCAAAGUCAUUUUCUUAUAAAUCUCAAGUCAACCUGUAAAAUUUGUCGGGUUCAUUUGGUCUAAAUAUUUUCUAGGCUAGGAUUGCAGACCGAGAAAAAGGAAUUGUCAAUUUUAAUAAGCCUGUGUGCACCUCAGAAUGAGACUAGAGAGAUUUCUAGAUUUUCUUUUCCGUCCUAGUUGAUGAUAUGUUACAGAUGUACCUGGGUAACAUGUUUCAUCCGUCCUCAUUAAGAGUAUUACCUGGAUAACGAUGUAUACCUGACACAGGUAUAGUCACCUGGCUGCUAUAGGCAGUCCACAUGUGUAUGAUUUACAAAUCAAUACAAGUCGUAUAUUGUAAUUUGUUUCCGUACAUCACAUUUACAUGAUAUAUAUAUAUGUCAUUGUUUACUUUUUAUAUAUGUACAUCUGUACACACUUCUUGUUUUAACGAAUAAAACAUUCCACUUGUU